CGCGCGUGGCCGCCAGACUGUGCAAAGGGAAGGGAGGAAUAGAAGGAUCUCUGUAUUGUGGGCCAGCAAGUAAGACUCGUGGGAAUAGACCUGCCUGUUUGCCAUACCAUGGGGGUUGAACUGCUGGAAUGGAUCUGAAAUGAAUAAUAAGCCUUACUACCUGUGAAGAGAUUUUUCAUCCACAAAGAAAAUGUCAUUAAGAAAAGUAAACAUAACCAUCCUCAUAUUUGUUGUUGUUAUAUUUCUGUUAGUGCUGCAUCACAACUUCCUAGGUCUCAGUGAUAUCUUAAAAAAAGAAUUAUCAGAUUCAAAUCCACUAAGAUUUCAGCCAAUAGAUUUUAUACCUGAAGCUCCUCAAAGAUUGGUAGUGAAAGAAAAUGACAAGGAAAUUCCUGUGGUCCUUACGGCAUCUGAAGAAAGGCUUGGUGGUGUAAUUGCAGCUGUGAACAGUAUUCAGCAAAACACCAAAUCCAAUGUUGCAUUCCAUAUUGUCACUUUGAAUGACACUGUGGACCGUCUGAGGUCAUGGCUUAGUAAAACCAGUUUAAAAAAUGUUCAAUACCAAAUUUUGAAUUUUGAUCCUGGUAUGCUGGCUGGAAAAGUGCAGAUAGACUCAAAGAUGCCAAAUUCCAUAAAACCGCUGACCUUUGCAAGAUUCUAUCUACCUAAUUGGGUCCCAAAUGCAGAAAAGGCCAUUUAUUUGGAUGAUGAUGUGAUUGUACAAGAUGAUAUCCUUGAACUUUACAACACUCCAUUGCAACCAGGCCACGCGGCUGCAUUCUCAGAUGAUUGUGACUCUACUUCAAAUAAGUUUUCUGUCCGUGGAGCAGGAAAUCAGUAUAAUUACAUGGGAUAUCUUGAUUAUAAAAAAGAACUGGUUCGAAAGCUGUCCAUCAAAGCAAACACCUGCUCUUUCAAUCCUGGUGUGUUUGUUGCAAAUCUAACAGAAUGGAAAAUACAAAAUGUUACUAAGCAACUAGAGAAAUGGAUGACACUUAAUGUUGUAGAAGAGAUAUAUAGCAGGACUCUUGCUGGAAGUAUCACUACACCUCCUCUGCUCAUUGUAUUUUACAAAAGACAUUCAAAAAUUGACCCUAUGUGGAAUGUUCGCCAUCUUGGUUCAAAUGCUGGCAAGAGAUAUUCGCCACAGUUUGUGAAAGCUGCCAAAUUACUCCACUGGAAUGGACAUUUCAAGCCCUGGGGGCGAACAGCAUCUUUUGCAGAUGUUUGGGAAAAAUGGUACAUUCCUGAUCCUAGUGGCAAAUUUAACCUGAUUCGCAGGCACAGUUGAGAUUUAUGCAGCACAUUAAUAAAGACUUAACACCUACAUGCUUUUCUCAGGAAACCUGUAAGAUCAGAGUGAAAUCAUACUGCUUAAUGUACACUAAAUUUGAGAAACACUUGAAAUUGUAUGCCUGAAGCAGCAGCUUUGCGCCUUCAAGUACAAGAUGAAGAAUAGCUUGACUCAACAACAGGUAGUCCUCAAUUUAUGACCACAGUUGGGGCUGGAAUUUCCCUUAUAGGUUAUUGUGGUCAUAAAUCUAGUCAGACCCAAUUUCACGAAAAUUUUCAUGGUUAUGAAGCAAAUCACGUGCUCCAGUUCCCUCAUGGGCCCUUUUUUUGCUGGAAUUUUACAACUAAGGUCACAUAUUGCAACGUGAUUGUAGGAUGUUGCACCUGGUUAUAAAUGUGAGCCAGUUGCUAAGCACUUACAUAGCAGUUAUGUGACCAUCACAGAGUGGUGCAACGGUACAGAUCACAAGUCACUUUUUCUGAUAAUUUUGAACUGUUUUAAAUGAAAAGUGGUUAAAUUGAGGACUAUCUGUACUCAGCUACACCAGAUGAAUUCUUCAGACAUAAACUUUUAUAAAUGAAAUAUUAGAAAAUGAACUUCAUCUAGGAAUCUGACACUUACUCCUAGGUAUCUGCAAUAUUAUCUUGCAUAGCUAUUUUUUUUUGAAGAAAAGCUUCUUCCUCUUAGCAGUAACCCAUGAACAUAAGUUUUGUUAGAACUUUUUCUCUGUAGCAUUUAGUUAAAUGUUUACACUUAUUUAAAUCUUUUGUAGAUUUAAUCUGUUUUUGUAAUUUAGUAGAUGGAAGAAACUGCCCAACAACACUAGAGCAACCUGUUUAAAUUCAUGGAGAAAGCUUGAUUUGUUUGUAUGCGAGUUCAGAUUAAUCUACAUUUGAUAAUUGUAUUAAAAAGUAAUGUCUUACAAUAUAUUACUUCUUCCAGUA